CAUUGUGCUAUUCACCUUUUUGUCUAUAAAACGAAAAUGCUAGGCAAAGGUCCUAUAAAAAAUUGAACACAUUAUGAAACAAUUUAAAAUAUAAAAUAAAAUAAAAACUAAAUAAAAAGAGAACAAAAUAAUGGAGGGUUUGCCUUGGAAGGUAAGACUCACAAAUCAUAAGACAAAAAGGUCAUAAGCAAUCCAGUACCAAUCUAAGCAACCCACCUCACCUCAAACUUCAAACUUCAAACCCUUCCACUCAUUUUUUACAAACUACCAAAUAAAUAAAUAAGACAACAAACACAGGAAGAAAUAAAAGUAAGGAAACCUGCCAUCUUCACACCACCAUCAUACAAAAGCAUUAAAAAUCAAUUAGCUCCCAUUACAUAGAAAAAGAAAAUGGAAAAUCAACUUACUCCAAUCACAGGCCAACAAAAAAAAAAAAAAAUCAUAAAGGAUGUAUGUACCCACCUCAGUUAGAUAGAUGAAAAAUACAUAUUAUAUAAUAUUAGUUUGUUUAGAAUCUUUGAAUUUGCUGGGUGAGCACCAAGUAGGCAGAUCAAGAUGGCUCGGGCAGGUGGAAUAACAAACGCAGUGAACGUUGGGAUAGCGGUCCAAGCUGAUUGGGAAAACCGCGAAUUCAUCUCCCACAUUUCUCUCAAUGUUCGCCGCCUCUUCGAUUUCCUUGUCCAAUUCGAGGCUACAACAAAGAGCAAAUUGGCAUCACUGAAUGAGAAGCUUGAUGUAUUGGAACGAAAGCUAGAACUUCUUGAAGUUCAAGUGGGUACUGCAUCAGCCAACCCUUCUCUUUUUGCUCGUGAUGCUUAGCAGAUCAUGCCAUUCUUAUUAGAUUAUAAUAUACCGCUUUACUGUAAGCAUCCUCUUGUCUAUAGUGUGGACGUGAACUUAUUUCUUGGUCUUGUAGCCCAGUUCAAAAGUAAUCUAUCCAUUUUUCUGCUUUUAUGUUGAGUAAUAGAAGUAAUUUGUUUGUCAUGAGGUUAUUUUGUGGGUAUACACUUCAAACAGAGCA